AGCAGGUGAAGGCCUUGAGGGCUGCUUCUGCGGCGCUGCUCCUCCUAGGAUGGCUGCCCUGGUUGUAAACAAGCCUGGAGCGGGACUAGACAGUGGUCGUCAGGGCAGCCGGGGGACGGCCGUGGUGAAGGUGCUGGAGUGUGGAGUUUGUGAAGAUGUCUUUUCUUUGCAAGGAGACAAAGUUCCUCGCCUUCUGCUUUGUGGCCACACAGUCUGUCAUGACUGUCUCACUCGGCUGCCUCUUCACGGAAGAGCAAUCCGUUGCCCUUUUGAUCGACAAGUAACAGACCUAGGAGAUUCAGGUGUCUGGGGAUUGAAAAAAAAUUUUGCUUUAUUGGAGCUUUUGGAACGACUACAGAAUGGACAUAUUGGUCAGUAUGGAGCUGCAGAAGAAGCCAUUGGGAUAUCUGGAGAGAGCAUCAUUCGUUGUGAUGAAGAUGAAGCUCACGUUGCAUCUGUAUAUUGCACUGUAUGUGCAACUCACUUGUGCUCAGAGUGUUCCCAAGUUACCCAUUCAACAAAGACAUUAGCAAAGCACAGGAGAGUGCCUCUAGCUGAUAAACCUCAUGAGAAAACCAUGUGCUCUCAGCAUCAGGUGCAUGCCAUUGAGUUUGUUUGCUUGGAAGAUGGCUGUCAAACUAGCCCACUCAUGUGCUGUGUCUGCAAAGAAUAUGGAAAACACCAAGGUCACAAGCAUUCAGUAUUGGAACCAGAAGCUAACCAGAUCCGAGCAUCAAUUUUAGAUAUGGCUCAUUGCAUACGGACCUUCACUGAGGAAAUCUCAGAUUAUUCCAGAAAAUUAGUUGGAAUCGUUCAGCACAUUGAAGGAGGAGAACAAAUAGUGGAAGAUGGAAUUGGAAUGGCCCACACAGAACAUGUACCAGGUACUGCGGAGAAUGCCCGGUCAUGUGUCCGAGCUUAUUUUUCUGAUCUACAUGAAACUCUGUGUCGUCAAGAAGAAAUGGCUCUAAGUGUUGUUGAUGCUCAUGUUCGAGAAAAACUGAUUUGGCUCAGACAGCAGCAAGAAGAUAUGACUAUUUUGUUAUCCCAGGUUUCAACAGCCUGUCUCCAUUGUGAAAAGACUUUGCAACAGGAUGAUUGUAGAGUUGUCUUAGCAAAACAAGAAAUUACAAGGUUACUGGAAACAUUGCAAAAGCAGCAGCAGCAGUUUACAGAGGUUGCAGAUCACAUUCAGUUAGAUGCCAGCAUCCCUGUCACUUUUACAAAGGACAAUAGAGUUCACAUUGGACCCAAAAUGGAAAUUCGAGUUGUUACGUUAGGAUUAGAUGGUGCUGGAAAAACUACUAUUUUGUUUAAAUUAAAACAGGAUGAGUUCAUGCAGCCUAUUCCAACAAUUGGUUUUAAUGUGGAAACUGUAGAAUAUAAAAAUCUAAAGUUCACCAUUUGGGAUGUAGGUGGAAAACAUAAAUUAAGACCAUUGUGGAAACAUUAUUACCUCAAUACCCAAGCUGUUGUAUUUGUUGUUGAUAGCAGUCAUAGAGACAGAGUUAGUGAAGCACACAGUGAACUUGCAAAGUUGUUAACAGAAAAAGAACUCCGAGAUGCUUUGCUACUGAUUUUUGCUAACAAACAGGACGUUGCUGGAGCUCUGUCAGUAGAAGAAAUCACUGAACUUCUUAGUCUCCAUAAAUUGUGCUGUGGCCGAAGCUGGUAUAUUCAGGGCUGUGAUGCUCGAAGUGGUAUGGGACUGUAUGAAGGGUUGGACUGGCUCUCACGGCAACUUGUGGCUGCUGGAGUAUUGGAUGUUGCCUGAUUUUAAAUGCAGCAGUUGUUUAAAGUUUUGUGGUUAAAAGUUAUUUUGCACGUAAUAUGAUGUAAGAAAUUAUACAUCUCAAAGGUAGUUAAUUUACGAUGUAUACAUAAAAGGAAUUUUAGUUUGGGAAUUCAGUACAAUAUCACUUUUAAAAAACUGUAGUAAAAUUUAAAUAUCUGAUGGAGCAGAUUAAAUUGGAUUAAAUAGGGACUUACUGGGUAUACAUUUUUUUUCAACGUACAAUAGUUUUUCAGAUUAUAUGUGACCCAUAUAUUGGGAAAGAAGUAGUCACAAAGAGUAGGUGAAAGUUUAUUCUUUCAAAGGAAAAAGGAUAGCCAACUGAAUGCCUAAUGGAACCUCUGUAUGAAGCAAGUGAAGCAUGGCUUCUUCAACUUGGCUUUUCACUGGAUUUUGGCAGUAUUUAGUAGCAAAACUGGCAGUGACUUAAUGAAAUACAAUUCAAACUGUAUCUUUGAGUAAUAGGAUUACUUUAACGUUCAGUAUAACAGAACACGUUUAAUGCUAAGAACUAUAAGCUAUAGAAAAUUAAUAUUUUAGUGUUUUAUUAAAGCUCUCCUAAAGCCUUUUGUAUAAAACCCAGUGAGUCAGAAUGAAAUGGAAUCUAACUAGGCCUGAUGUUCGAUUAGUGCUACACUGAAGAACAAUUAAUAAUAAAAUUGUGAAAGUCAGUUAUAUUCUAGUUGAUCUUCACUUAUGAAAGACCCAUUUGCAGGGCUGAACCUGAAAGUAUUAUUUUCCAGGUCAGAGCUCUAAAUUCGUCCUUCUGUUUUUCAGUAUGUUUAAAGUACUUAGCAUUGUGUCUUUUAAAAAUAAUAUUGCAUCUUCAGUGAGAAUGACUAUAGGUAAAAUGUAGUAAGUUACACACAGAAACGAGGGUUGGUUUUACAUAAAAGGUAGAGAUGUAAGUAGAAAACUACCUCUACCACAGAGAAGUUAUUUAUGCAGUGGAAAAUGCUUAUUACAAUUACUUUAAAAUGUUUUCCCCAAAUAAGUGUAUUUAUGUUAACAAUAAAUGUGAUCAAGGCUUUUCAUGACAAGGCCUUGAAAAGUUGUUUGAGAAACAACAUGUCUAAGGAAAAGAAAUGUUCAAAAAGUUUACAUCACAUUUAUUAUGCAGUGUUGAGUAGGAGUUUAAAAAGUUUGUGCUCUUUACUGUUUUUCAUUUUUUAAGGAAACUCCCUUAUUAUGGCAGUACGAUUUAUAUUUAAACAUACCUAGAUUGAAUUUUAUGGUUUUUGUUUUUCUUUUUAAAUGCUCUUUAUACUUUAGGAUGAGGUUAAAUCCUAAAUCUUAUUUGAAACGCUAUGAGGACAUUGAUGUCUGAUGGUAAGAUGUGACUCCUGGGUGGCACUGUUUUGGUUCAGUCUCUUCAAAUGUACUUUUGUUUAAAAACAACAAAACUUUUAGAAAACAAAGCAUUAAAAAAAAAGUCUGUCAGUAUUAUGGGCAGUGUGUAAAUAAGUAAUAUUACAUCCUUUGUUUUUCAAGUAAAAGGUCAUGCUGUUACAAGUGUAGUUUGUGCAUAUAAUACUUCUGAAUUAAAUUAACAUUUGACUGAUUGCAAUAACUGUGAAAAAUAAAAAAGGUGUUACAUUUGCCUGUGAGCCCUUGAACUGUUUUCUCUACUAGGUAAUUGGAAAAAAGAAGUCUAACACUAACAUGUAAACUUGCAUUUUCCUUGUAAAUUAAGUUUAUUUUACCAAUUUUGCUUAACUUUUAAAUUCACAUUCCUAGCAUAUUUCUAAAACAAUUUAAAAAUUGUGUUUAGACUUGAUUAUAACAUACAUGAUAGUACUGUUUGUUACUAUUUUUUUAAGAAAUACUUUUCUCAGGCUCUUACUACUAUUUGUGGUUGUAUUCUUUCACUAAUUAUUAGUUAAGAUUGUGCUUGCUAGUUCCCUCUGGGAAAUGUCAAACUUCAGAGAGGUUUUAAAUACAGUCUAUUUGGAUUUGCCUCCUGGCACUGAAUUUCUGUAUCAAGCCUAAAUAUUAUUGUAUGGUUUAUGUAAAGCAGGUUUUUCAAGUGUAUAGUCUUGGUCUGUAAUUCUGGAAUGCUUUAUAAUUACUAGAAGCCGUUAUUUGCAUUACACAUAUGAUCAGUAUAGACAGCAAUAAAAUGUUAAAAUCAUUUUAAAGAAGUCCUAUUAUUCUAAAAAUUCUGUUUCUUGAACCAUCUAUAUAGUAGUAUUGCUAGUAACCAAUUAAAGUUAUAUUUGUGCUAUGGUUAAGAGAAAACAAAAUGGGAUAGGGAUUGACUUGUAUGACAAAUUUGAGAUAUACUUUAUUAAAAAUUUAGAAAUACCA